AUGCCGCAACCCAGCACCUGCACUGAUGUUAUCAACCUGCGCUACCAAGAUGGCAGCGAGGGGAGCCCCUCCAACCCUGCAAAGUAUAACCAACAAGACUAUGAGCACCUGAAAGACUUCUCUCUCCGCACAGGGAGAAUUUUUUAUGACAGCACCUUCCCACCUGACAUGAAUUCUCUGGGAGACUUGCCAAGUUUGAGUCGGUGGCAACAAGAGGAAGUAAAGUGGCUCAGACCUGUGGACAUCAUGAGGGAACAAAACAUCAACAAGGAGCCUUCUUUCUUUGUUGAAGGAGCUUCACGAUUUGACUUUAGUCAAGGGAAAGUGGGUAACUGCUGGUUUCUGGCUGCAAUUGCAUCACUGACAUUCCAGAAAGACUUAAUGGUGCAAGUCGUGCCUCUGGACCAAACCUUCAAGGACUACGCAGGAAUAUUUCACUUCAGGUUCUGGAGGUUUGGAAAGUGGGUGGACGUUGUCAUCGAUGACUAUCUUCCAACGUUCAACAAGGAGCUCCUGUCUGUGCGUUCCAAAACUGGAAAUGAGUUCUGGGUCCCUCUGCUUGAGAAAGCAUAUGCCAAAGUGUGUGGCUCUUACGCAGACAUGCAUAGUGGUCAUUCAUCAGAGGCCUUCAAGGAUUUCAGCGGAGGGGUGCACAUGACCUACAAGCUCAAAGACGCUCACACUUACUCCCAUGAUGCCGAGCUGUGGGCCUCACUGACCAGAGCCACUGGAUGCAAGUCAAUGAUUUGCUGCGGGACAUCCUGGAAAGGGGAUGAAUUGGUGAAUUCUGUGUCACACACUGGAUUGGUGGAUGGACAUGCUUACUCUGUAACAGCAGUUACUGAGGUUGAGUAUGAUGGCUCCAAAGCGAGGCUGGUUCGACUCAUGAACCCUUGGGGCAGACAGGAGUGGAAGGGGAAGUGGAGUGACAGUUCAAAUAUGUGGAACCAAGUUACGUCUGAGGAUCGGGCCAAGUGUAUCAAAAACAACGAUGGAGAGUUCUGGAUGGAGUUGGAGGACUUCUGUUACUAUUUCAAUGAACUGAUCGUCUGCUGUGAGAACCCAAACUUUCUGGAUGGUGACCUUACCUGCCAGUGGAAAUGUAUGAUUUAUGACAAUAGCUGGGUUGCAGGGAGAAAUGCAGGAGGCAACGUCAACGAGGAUACCUUUUCAAAGAAUCCUCAGUAUCGCCUCAAAGUGAAGGAGAUCGACAGGACCGAGAAGGAAGAUAAGAACGUCCUGCUGUCUCUGAUGCAGAAACCUCCUCAGCGCAAUCGGACAAAGGCCAGAUACAACCCCAUCGGGCUCACCCUCUACCAGGUGCCACCAGGGACACCACAGGGGCAUCUGGGGUCCUCCUUCUUCAGGAGAAAUAGGCCUGUGAAGGACAGGCAGCUUUACAGCGACCAAAGGGACCUGAUCGAGCUGCACAGCCUGCAGCCAGCAGAGUACGUGAUCAUCCCCUCCACCAUGAAGCCCAACACCAACGCAGACUUCGUGCUCACUGUCUACUCCAAGGCCAACAACGAAAUAAAUGUCCAUGAUGGUGAUGAUGACGACGACCACGACCACGACCACGACCAUGACCAUGACCAUGAUAAUGAUAAUGAACGCCCAGUUCAUCCCAAGCCAACUGACAAUGACAAGGAGAACAACUCAACCUAUCUUAUGUUCAAGCGUUACGCUGACCAGAAUGGCGAGCUGAGUGACAUUCAGCUCCAAAAACUCCUGAAUGACCAUUUCCAUCAUGGAAGUGUGAGCUGGUUUGAUCUGAAUACCUGCAGGAGCAUGAUUGCUCUGAUGGAUACCGACCGAAGGAAGAAAAUGAGCUAUACUGAAUUCUUGAAUCUGUGGAACAAGUUUGAACACUACAGGAAAAUCUUUGAUCGCGCAGACGUUUCCAAGACUGGAACCCUGUCCUAUAACGAGUUACAGAAUGCAAUUCGGGCCUCAGGAAUAGAGCUGGAUGAUGGCUUGGUGGUUAUGAUGAUGUUCCGCUACUCCGGCUACAGCUCGUCCACCACCUUGGAGAACUUCCUCCCUCUGAUGCUGCGCCUGGAGAACCUUUCCACGGUGUUCAAAAACCGAUCUUCAGACGGAGUUAUUCACCUGGAUUGGAAUGAGUGGACAAACAUGUUCAUGUACUCCUAGACAUGACAUCGCUGUGGAGAGGCAGAAGAUGGCAGUAAAGAUUGCUGCAAUCCAACUCUGAUGGAAAUUGUCUUCUUACCAAAACUUUUUGAUGUGAUAAGGGUUUGUCAUUUCUGUCAUAAAAUCUUUCUUCAAAGGUUCAUAUAGUCUAGAAAAACCCAGAAUAGUCAUUAGGUUUGAUACAGCUUCCAGGCCCUGGAAAAGUUAUGUAAAAUUACAAUUUUAUGAAUGUUUUGGGGAGGUCAUGCAGCAAACAGUAUCAGCUAAAGUUAAAGAUUGAUUUAAAAAGAAAAAAGAAAGAAGAAACAUUGGAUCCAUUGUGGUGUUUUAGUAUUAGCCUUGUGUGUCAAAAAGUUUUGUGCUUCUUCAUCUUGGACUCAAAAAAUAUCAGGAACUCCUUUAUCUAGAGAUGUGCAUGUACAGUGCUUGAAAUAGACUGGCUGUCACAUUACAUAUUAUUGUUUUUAAGUGCCAACUCUAAAAAAACGUUUCUUUCAAUCAUGGAAAUAACAUAAGUUAGAAUUUGCGGCAUAGUCAGAGAAAAACAAUUAAAGAAAACUGUGAAAAACUCCAUGAUCUUAGUUAUACCUGUAAUUCUGCCUCAUAUAAUGCAAACCAUUAUCAGUUAAUCCUGUACAUGUUUAAAUCACAGUGCACUGUAAAAUCUCUGUGCAAUAAAAUAAACAGGAUACA